AUUGGAAGUAAGAUUACCAUGAUUAUCAAAAUAUCCUAAGCGACCAUUACAAACACCCAUUCUCUAUUACAAAAAUAAAAUCCCUAUAGUAUUCUUACCUUGCUAGAGAUAAUAUGCCGAGAGUUAGUAUAAUUUUAGCCUUAUCAUGCUUCCUCAUAGCUACAAAAUGCCUUAACGUGAAAGGUGAUCAAGCCCUAAUUGAUGAAACAUGUAGGAAAACACCUCAACCGGGUUUCUGCCAGUUAUGCAUGCGAGAAGACCCGGAUCGCUACUCCAAGGAUACAUUCGGGCUCGCCCUACAAUCCGCGGAUUGCUCUAUCUCAAGAAGUGUUAAUGUUAGUGUAGAUCUCGACGUCAUCUCAAAUGGGACGGUUGAUAAUCUGGUGAAAGAUGUGUGCCUAAGAUGCCAAUUCCUUCUGGGAAAUUCGAUCAAGAGUCUUCAAGCCGCAAAACGUCAUUUGGACGAGAAACGCAUGGAUGAAGCUGUGAAUGCUGCGGGAAGAGCCGGUGAUAAUCGUCAGCAAUGCGCCGAGCUACUUGUGGGGGAAUUCCCGGCGACAGAUGCUUUUAACAUUGAUUUCGAGAUCUUAAAGGAGUAUUAUAUAAAUGUAGUUGCAAUUCUGUCUCAAUUAUUAUAAUGUAAUUCUUGGAUUGUUGUUGGAUUUUUGCAUUCAACUACACAUAUAUUGUCAAAACGACUAUGAACUUAUGACAACGGUUUUUCU